UCUCUCAGUGUCCUCUGCCUGCUUGUGGUUCCCAUGGCCCCCAAAAAGCCAGACCCCAAGAAGGACGAAGCCAAGGCCGCUCCGAAGGCAGCGGCUCCGGCUCCGGCUCCCGCUCCUGCUCCAGAGCCCGAGCGCCCCAAGGAGGCCGAGUUUGAUGCUUCUAAGAUCAAGAUCGAGUUCACGCCGGAGCAGAUUGAAGAGUUCAAGGAAGCCUUCAUGCUGUUCGACCGCACACCCAAGGGUGAGAUGAAGAUCACCUAUGGGCAGUGUGGGGACGUCCUGCGGGCACUGGGCCAGAACCCCACACAAGCUGAGGUGCAGCGGGUCCUGGGGAAGCCCAAGCAAGAAGAGCUCAACACGAAGCUGAUGGACUUCGAUACGUUCCUGCCCAUGCUCCAGCACAUUGCCAAGAACAGGGACACGGGCACCUAUGAGGACUUCGUGGAGGGGCUGCGCGUCUUCGACAAGGAAGGCAACGGCACAGUCAUGGGUGCAGAGCUCCGCCAUGUGCUGGCCACUCUGGGUGAGAGGCUGACAGAGGACGAAGUGGAGAAGCUGAUGGCGGGCCAAGAGGACUCCAAUGGUUGCAUCAACUACGAAGCCAGACCUACUGCAUCACCUCCCCCACCACCCCUACCUCCAGCUCCACGGACUGGAUGGGCCCAGUGACCUGUAGCUGCUUUUGCCCGCAGGGAGCCCAGGAGGCCUCGCAGGGGACAGUUCAACUUCAUGCAUGCUGCUGACACCAGAAGGCAGGGGAAGGAGCCGGGGAGAGAAAGCGCCGGGAUCCCUGUGCAAGCCUUCAGCCCUCCAACGCUGCACCAAGGUUAUCUCUGGCCCUGUGGGGUCAGGCUUAGCUGGGACUAUAACCCUGUCUCUGCCGCGAGGCUCAUAAAUAAAUGGCUUCCUUCUUU